AUGUGGGAUAUGGGUCAUAACGGCAGUGAGGGUCCUCUUGGCCGGGAAUUAGCAAGGUUCUAUGGCGUCUAUUUCGGUUUCUACGCCGGCUCUGGCAUAUUAUGUCUCCUACUCGGUAUCCUACUAUUACAGCUUCCUCACCACAUGGGUCUAGGAGAAUACAAGGGAUUGACGUUCUGGGCUCUUGGUAUGUUAGAAGCUUACGGUUACGUCGACUUCGUAAUGUAUAUAUCGGCUCCGAGGAUAGGCCCCAGAUCCACCUCUUUGGUAACAGGAUUCGCUCUCUUGGUUGAUGGUUGUAUAGCCCUCAUGUAUGGUUAUCUCGUUUACCGAGGAGUCUGCAGGCUGAGAACAGUGCCGUCGCAUUAG